GAAAUAUCGUAUCCAAAGUAGUUUUUGGAGUGGGGUUGUCACGUGUGUGUGUGUCUUUCUGGAUGAAGUGUGGAUGGAUGUAAGUGCGGAGGAGGAGCAACCCGGGAGGAGUAUGCCAAUACCGAGCCGUGCUAGUGUUUACGCCGAGGUCAAUCAGCAGAAACCUCGUGAAUAUUGGGACUACGAAUGUCAUAUGAUAGAAUGGGGUAAUAUCGAUGAUUACCAGUUAAUCAGAAAAUUAGGACGUGGCAAGUAUAGUGAAGUUUUCGAAGGUGUCAGGUCAUCGUUAGAUGAAAAAUGUGUUAUCAAAAUUCUUAAGCCUGUCAAAAAAAAGAAGAUAAAGCGUGAAAUCAAGAUCUUGGAGAAUUUAAGAGGAGGAACAAAUAUCAUCACACUGCUAGAUGUCGUGAAAGAUCCUAUUUCUAGAACACCAGCACUUGUUUUCGAAUAUGUCAAUAAUACUGACUUCAAGCAGCUUUAUCAGACUCUAACUGAUUACGAUAUCCGCUAUUAUUUGUACGAAUUGUUGAAAGCCCUUGACUACUGUCACUCACAGGGCAUUAUGCACCGUGAUGUCAAGCCACACAAUGUUAUGAUCGAUCAUGAAAAACGAACAUUAAGACUUAUCGAUUGGGGAUUGGCUGAGUUUUACCAUCCGCGUCAAGAAUAUAAUGUGCGUGUUGCAUCACGAUAUUUCAAAGGUCCUGAACUCCUAGUUGAUUAUCAGUGUUAUGAUUAUUCACUGGAUAUGUGGAGUUUAGGCUGCAUGCUUGCAAGUAUGAUUUUUAGGAAAGAGCCGUUCUUUCACGGUCAUGAUAACUAUGAUCAGCUAGUGCGAAUUGCAAAGGUUUUGGGCACUGAAGAAUUAUUUGAAUACAUAGACAAAUAUCAGAUUGAUUUAGAUCCCAGAUUUAAUGAUAUUCUCGGACGGCAUUCCAAGAAACGCUGGGAGCGUUUUGUUCAUAGUGAAAAUCAGCAUCUAGUUUCUGCGGAAGCAGUAGAUUUUCUGGAUAAAUUGCUUCGUUAUGAUCAUCAGGAACGACUCACUGCAAAAGAAGCUAUGCAGCAUCCAUAUUUCUAUCCUGUUGUUGAAAAUGAGCAGCGCAACAAGCAAGAUCUUACUACAUCCGUUAUUAACUCUGGAACACCCGGAAGUUUGAAUGCACCAUUGGGAACUCCACUUUUGAACAACAGUGGAACAGUACCUUCACCUCCUGCUGUCACGCAGUCGGCACAGUCUUGACCGAUGAAAAUGAACUCAUGAGUGUUACCAUACGGUGACAAUGUGCAAAAGCAUCAUUACCUUUUGUCACUUCUGAAAAUGCAUUCUGAUAACCUAUUUCAUUUGAACAAUUCGGCGGCUCUGACCGUAUAAGUGAAAGGGAAUAUCCUCUGCUUAUUUCUCGUCGAUUGAUUUAUCUUCAACAUAUGUUAUACUCGGUUUUUUGCUCAGCGAAGGAUGUGUAUAAAAAAUCGUGCUGUUAAAAGAGUUUUCAUUGAUGUUCUUUCCCCUUAUGAUUUCUUCCGUCAAAUGCACAUGGAUUUCAUUCGUUGAACUGUAUGGAUAGUUUAUUUUAAAAUGAAAAUGUUUCCUGA